GCCGGGGAUGGCGGCGUCAAGUGGGGCAGACGCUGGUGGAGGUGGUGGAGAGUCUGGUGGCAGGGGCGAUCCCGGCGGAGCCGCGGUCCCAGCCGCUGGAGCUCGGUGUCUGGGUGUGAUUGUCAUCCCGAAAGGCGGAGCUCAGGAUUCUAAAAGCCUAAGACUGUUUUCUUUAUAAUUCAGAGAACUUUGACAAGACAUUCAUACUCUGGGAAGGCUUUGGAGGAACAAUGUAAAGUCUCCUGAAUGAUCACAUCUCCUGCCUUGCGAGCUUUUCCGGCUGUGGCCUCUUGCAGCUCCAAAGCAUCCUGUUUCCCGCUGCCACGUUCCUUUUCCUUUUUAUCCUUUUCUUCCAUAAGCUGUCACCAUGACCCUGACAAAAGGUUCCUUCACCUACUCCAGUGGGGAGGAAUAUCGCGGCGAGUGGAAGGAAGCUGGCUGUUCGGAGGCGCCAAUCAGCCAGGCAGACUGUCCCCUGGAAGAGCUCCCUCAUACUCUGUUGGAAAGACGUGAUUGCUCCUCCAGCAUCUUGCUGUUUUUUGGCCGCAGACAUGGUUUUGGUCAACUAAUGUUUGCAGAUGGUGGCACCUACCUGGGUCAUUUUGAGAAUGGGCUCUUUAAUGGCUUCGGGGUUCUGACCUUCUCAGAUGGCUCAAGGUAUGAGGGGGAGUUCGCCCAGGGCAAGUUUAACGGCGUCGGAGUCUUCAUUCGACAUGACAACAUGACAUUUGAAGGGGAAUUUAAAAAUGGCAGAGUAGACGGUUUUGGCCUGCUGACCUUCCCUGAUGGCUCUCACGGAAUACCCCGCAACGAAGGUCUGUUUGAGAGCAACAAGCUGCUGCGGCGGGAGAAGUGCUCCGCGGUCGUGCAGCGGGCCCAGAGUGCCUCUAAGUCGGCUAGGAACCUCACCGCCUGACACACGUGCUGCACCCGCCAAGCAGGGCCGAAGCGUGGGCCCUGUGCCACCCUCGAGGUGAACACCUGCCCUGGACGUGAGAGGAGAUGAGAAUGCCCACGGAGAAGAGGCCUGGACACAUGCCCCCUCACCUGCCAGGCGGGGAUUUGAUGACAAAAGUCGUGAGGACUCCGACCCCCGGCCCACAGCAGGGUCACCAGUUCUGUCUCUCUCCCUGGUUGGUAUUCUCUGUCCCUAAUGCCUCGGGUCGCCCAGUGCAGACCUGCUUCCACUUGAUUUCCUGCCAAUGGAGGCAGAAUCUCUUCAUUCUGCCUGUCCUGGGGGCAGAUGAUCCUAGCCCCAGAUUCGGGCUAGUGCUUCGUGCUACCCUGGAGAAACAGGGAGACACACAGGGGUGGCUUAGCUCCGCAGUCCUACGGAAGUCAAAGCCAGAGCGUUUCCGUGUGUCACCCCCUCAUUUGCUGCUGGUUGGCUUCAUGGCUCCGGGCCUUCCACUUUGUCCCCCCAGGCUGGUAUUUGUGUCUGCUUGGCCCCCUGUGAAGGGUUCGAUAAGAGUGCGAUUUCCCUCUCCCCUGACUGUACAAGCUGUUUUCCUUACCUGAGUUCCAGCAGCUAAUUUGUGCCCCAUUGUGCCUCUCUCCUUCCUUAGACACAGGACAGGAUCCCUUUUAGGGACAGUCAAGAAACUGCUACAAGGAGUUGUCUCAUAAUGUGUAUUUGUUACUCUGGGGUAGAGGACAGACCUCUCUGGGCCACUUCAGGCCCUACCGUGGAGGAAUUGAAUCCUUAGGGAUGGCUUGGGCUGACACAGCCCCUUCCCAGUGGACCCAUAGGUCAGACCCACCUCAACCCCUUGGGGUUUGGGGUGAAGUGGGCCCGUCCUAGGACUGCAGUGGAACCAAGAGAGAAUUUGGCUCCUUGCAUUUGGUUCACUAUUACCUCUUCUAGCACGAGCUUGGCCGUCAGGCCUGGGGGCCAGAUCUGCACAGAUGGGAUCCCUGCGUAGUUCAUCAUGGAGGCCGCCAGUCAUCCCGGAACCCAGACAUGCCCGCUCCACUCCCAGCCCCUUAACCUCACUCUGAAUGUCUCCUCAACAGCAGAUUGUGGUGGAAAUUAUAGCUGUGUGCCUCUAUUUAUUCUGAGUUGUACUGUAGAAACAAGUGUUUAUGAGGAAUAAAGAAAUCACCAGAA